UAAACAGAAACAGAAAAUGACGUAAGAUUUUCUAUGUAACGGUAGAUAUUUAUAUUCGACGUUACGUCAUGUGACUUUCAUCAUCAUGUGACGUUGAUUACAAUCUGCAAAAUCACUUUGAGAGGUAAGCCCCUAAAGCUGAAAAGUCUACAAACAAGUUAAGAUCUGGGAAGGUUGCUUAUGUAGUACAACUUGUUAUCAAUAAAAUUAAAGAAGAUAAGAUUUCACAUCGCUUAGGUUAAGUUCAUACAAAGUGUAAAAUGUCUCCGCUGACGACAGUACUUCUAUCAUUGCUACUGCUAGGAUUUGCAGCUUCAAGCAAUUGCCCGGAUGGGUGGGUACAUUUUGGAACAUCGUGCUAUCAUUUCAGCCAUGAUACAGAAUCUAUGCCUGUAGCAGAUUUGGUAUGUCAACAUUUGGAUGGACAUCUGGUGGAGAUAGAAUCAAGUGAAGAAAACACAUAUCUCGCAUCAAAAGCCGCGGCACUAAAAGCAUCAUUUUGGACUGGUUUAAGCGAUAUGCAACAAGAAUCAGUCUGGUUAUGGUACGACAGUGGACGUCAUCUAACGUCAACGAGUUUUCAACACUGGUUUCCAAACGAACCUAACAAUGCAGGAAUGGACGAAAACUGUGCAUAUAUAUCCUCUGGUAGUUGGAAUGAUGCACCAUGUCACUUGGCACUCCAUUAUAUUUGUGAAAAGGAUGACGGCUCAUCGGAAAUAGUCGGGUGAAUGUAAUAUUUGAAUAUAUGUAAUAUAUGAAAUAAAAAGUAGAAUGAA